GGAUUGGGAUGAUGGGGUAUGAGCGGUUACUGUAGUCAAACGACUCAAACCUACUAUUCGUAAAAGCACUUACUUCCUAUUUCUCCGCUGUCUCUCAAUCUUUCCUCCACCUCUUGCACUUGAUUUCACUUCUUUCUAUAUAAAUCAUUAGAAACCCAGAUCGCAGUUGUCGUUCUUAAACCAAUCAUGGAGGUUGAAAUCCAAUCACAGGCCUGGAACCAACAGAAACCAAUCCAAAACCAUGAAUCAACCAUUCAAAACCAACAAAACUCGCCAAAAUUGCCGGAUCAAGCCUCCGGUCUUCCAAUCACCACCGCAGCCCCCACCACCAUCUCACCCAAAAAAUUGACUCUCAUCCCUCUCAUCUUCCUCAUCUACUUCGAGGUCGCCGGCGGCCCGUACGGCGAGGAGCCGGCGGUUCAAGCUGCUGGACCACUAUUAGCGAUACUGGGUUUCCUCAUAUUUCCCUUUAUAUGGAGUGUCCCUGAAGCACUCAUCACUGCAGAGCUCUCCACAGCGUAUCCGGGUAAUGGUGGGUUUGUGAUUUGGGCGGAGCGCUUCGGGCCCUUCUCCGGAUCCAUGAUGGGGUCCUGGAAGUUCUUGAGUGGUGUAAUCAAUACGGCAGCGUUUCCUGUACUCUGCAUUGACUACUUGGAUAAGUUGUUUCCUGUGUUUGAAUCAGGCUGGCCUAGGAAACUUGCUUUGUUGAUUUCAACUAUGUUACUUAGUUUUCUCAACUAUACUGGAUUGGCUAUAGUAGGCUAUGUGGCCGUUUUGCUUGGUAUUGUUUCACUUUCACCUUUUAUAAUCAUGUCUAUUUUAGCAAUCCCCAAGAUUCAUCCACAUAGAUGGUUGAGUUUAGGCCAAAAAGGGGUGAAGAAAGAUUGGACUUUGUUCUUCAAUACCCUGUUUUGGAAUUUGAACUUUUGGGACAAUGUUAGUACUUUGGCUGGAGAAGUUGAAAACCCCCAGAAAACAUUUCCUAUGGCUCUGUUUAUUGCUGUGAUUUUCACUUGUGUGGCUUACUUGAUCCCACUAUUUGCAGUCACUGGGGCUGUUUUGGUGGAUCAGAGUGAAUGGGAGACUGGGUUUCAUGCCACUGCAGCACAAAUGAUUGCUGGGAAGUGGCUUAAAGUAUGGAUUGAAGUGGGUGCUGUGUUAUCUGCAAUUGGGUUGUUUGAGGCACAAUUGAGCAGCAGUUCAUAUCAGCUUCUGGGUAUGGCAGAUUUGGGGAUUUUGCCAAAGUUUUUUGGUCUUAGAGCCAAAUGGUUCAACACUCCUUGGGUGGGAAUACUGCUUUCUACAGCAAUUACACUUGGUGUUUCAUAUAUGAACUUCCAAGACAUCAUUUCAUCAGCAAAUUUCUUAUACAGUUUGGGAAUGUUAUUGGAAUUUGCUUCAUUUCUUUGGCUGAGAAGGAAGUUGCCACAACUGAAAAGGCCGUUCCGGGUUCCGAUGAAGUUGCCGGGAUUGGUGAUCAUGUGCUUAAUACCAUCUGGGUUUUUGAUACUGAUCAUCGUCAUUGCCACUAAGACUGUUUAUCUGGUAAGUGGUUUGAUGACUGUCGGUGCUAUUGGAUUCUACUUCCUAAUGAAGUUCUGCAAGUACAAGAAGUUGUUCAAGUUCAACAAUGGUGAAAAACUUGACAAUUGAUCAGAAGAAGUUGUCAGUUGAUAUGGUCAUCAAUAUAGCACAAAUUCUGCCAUUAAAGUAUGAGAUAUUAUGGACACAAACAUGACCGGUAGUAUAUCAGAAGAUUAUUAGUUUAGUUUAUUGUAUGGUUGCGUUUCUUUUGUUUCUUUACAAGUUGUCAUGUAUCUCACAAGUCAACAAUGGAGAUUUGGAGUUUAUUGGUCCAGGAUAUACAUAUUUCCUUCUAUAAACUUUUCCGUUGCACAGAA